AUGUCUCUACUUCGGUUUGCCCUUGCUGGCCUCCUGCUCCAGCUCGGCCAUGCGGCUGCGGGCUCCGUGUCCAGCCCGAUCCCCAGCAGCCAAGCCUAUAAACACUCAGCAACCUGCCGUACUGUGCUCGGAACGAGUUCAGUUACUUCUGUGCCCACAACAACCCUUACUCGUCGCAUUCAUGACCCGACCCCUAUUGUGGUCUUCUCCACGGUUCAGGAUACCGUCACCGUUACUCCGUCAGAGUCGACCAUAACGGAGUCUCAUUAUGAGACCACUACAGUGACUUCUAUCGAGACCCCUGUCACCGAUACCUUCUCAACAACCUCUACUGAAUAUGAUACAAUGACUGCAACGACUGCUCGUGAAUCUAUUACUUUAACUAUAUUCUCCACCAUUUCGAUCACUAGUACUGCUACUGCGACAAUUGCUACCUCAUCAGGCUUUACUCCUGUUGCCGAUACACUCGCUACUCCCUCCACUUAUAAGCGAUCAUUGGUGUUGGAGAAUGACUGUUCUCCGUACAUUGAUGAUUUUGAGUAUCCACAGGAAGUGAUCUGCGAGGAGAAAGUUAUCCUUAAGACUACAACAACUUCGACAGUUACUACGGCCCCUGCUACCACCACGGCUGUUACACCUUCCACAACUGUAAUAGUGACCAACACCAUUACAUCCACCUCGGUGUUAGUGCUUGCCGAUAUAUCUACCACCCUGAGCUACAGCACCACCUCAACUAUUACUGUGACCACCUUGGCACCCGUUGUGACUGAUACUGUGACUGCUACCACUGUGGUUACUGCGGUCACCACCACUUCCCAGUAUGCGGCGUGUGCCACCAAUAACAUUGCCGGCUUCCCUCUUUCUUCAGAUUUCGGUAGCUUCGCCGGCCUGUAUAUCUAUGAUAUUAACUUUGCCAGUAUCAGUGGCUUCACUUUGAUCGUGGGCAACUCCGAUUCCGCUUAUGACUGCUGUGUAAGCUGUCAGGAAUACUCGAACUGCGCGAUGAGCUUCUACCAAGUGGUUUCUUCUACUGUGAAUUACUGCUAUUUGGCUCAAUCAACUGUCUGCUCGGCUACCUCUAACUAUGCCACCGCCUAUCUCUCCGAGACUGCUAAUACUUAUGAGAUCUCAAACGGAAACUGUGGUCAUUACAACGGAGUCCAGGCAGUAGAAAUUAAUUAA